GCGAGACCUCGAGGCCCUUCCGGUCCGUGACGUGACUACAGCCCCCACAAUGCCUUGCGGUCCCGCGAGGGACCCGUCUCGUCGCGAGAAGCGGCGGCUGAGGGCGUCUGCGCGGACAAACGGAAGUGUAGGUGACGGUCCGAGACGUCGCCGCCAAGCUGGGAACCGGGGAGAUGGCUGAAACUGACCCCAAGACCGUGCAGAAUCUGGCCUCUGUGGUGCAGACCCUCCUGCAGCAGAUGCAAGAUAAAUUUCAGACCAUGUCUGACCAGAUCAUUGGAAGAAUUGAUGAUAUGAGUAGUCGCAUUGAUGAUCUGGAGAAAAACAUCGCAGACCUCAUGACACAGGCUGGAGUGGAAGAACUGGAAGGUGAAAGCAAGAUACCUGCCACACAAAAGAGUUGAAGGUUACUAAUUUACACUGAAAUCUGGAACACCUUUUUUCCAAGCCAAGAGAAGAUUGAAUGGCUUUUUGCAACUAACUACUAUGUGUAGACAGGUUUUAUAUUAUAAAAUGUGUGUUCUUAUCACAUCUUAUAUGGUUAGUUUUUAGAGUGAUGUACCCCCUAGUUGCUUGAACAUGGUAUCUUCAUAUCUUGGACCUUGGUCAGUUGUGCUAUUAAUUAUUAAACACUAAAACUUUGGCAGUUCCUGCAAAAAAAAAAAUUGUCAAAUUUUUUAGUGUAUUUUUGUGAAGUCAUUUUUUUUCCUGCCACUCCUUUUGUAGUAAUUGCUCUUUGGUAAAAGUUGCUGUGUAAUUUUUUUAUUAAACAGUAAAUCCUUCAGUCAUAGUUAGCCCUGGUAAAGUGAGAUAUUUGUAGAAUUUAGGGUUCUUUGAUUCUCAGCACAAAGUGACCACAGCUAACACAAGACAGUGUGUUGGCAAUACUUUUCAAAUAGCUAAAAACAUUUAAAAAAUAUCUGUCACUGCUUUGUGCCAAAACUCAGAAUUAAUUUCCUGAGGUCAGAUGCUAAAGUCAAUGAAAAGUAAUGACCGCCACUUUCCUGUGUUAGAACUUAGUUAAAAUACAGAAUAUAACAGAAUAGCCUGAUGUCAUGAGGUGUUCAUUUGUUAGAGUUUUGCAUGAGAUUCUGAUACUUCAGUGGAACCCUGCAUUAUUCAUCUAUAAUGGUUAUAAAAAAUCUGGCAGGAUUUUAAAACUAUUACUCCAUCUUUUCUUUGAGUGAAAAAGAGGAAAAAAGCUAAAGAGACAUGUUAAGUCUGUACCAGUGCUUGGCUAAAAUAUGAUGAACGGCUGAUGAAGAGGCUCAGGUUUUUAAGAAGUACUCUUUGACAAACUGUUUCUUACUGAAAUUCUUGCAGAGUCACAAUUUCCUUAUUGAUCAUCGAAGGCAGGGAUAAUGACUCUUGCCACUCAAAAACGCGGUGUCCAGUAUGCCAAGCCUAGAGGUCAAUAUUGACGACCUAGAAGAGGAUCCAUGUGAUUGUCACCACAGAGUGAUUUGAUACAACAAAAACUAGAAAAAUUGUAAAGUUGAGAAAUGGUAUGGUCCUUGAUAGAGGGAAACUCUUGAUGAAAAUAGUAGAUUUUUUUCUAAGUUUCCCAUAUGGCCAGUCUUGAUUAUAUUGCGAAUAUAUGAUAAUAUUAGGAAAUAAUUUGCUCUAUUUAUAAGUUAUAUGAGAAACAAAAAAGACUGAGGUGUUUUUAUAAUAAAAUGAAUUCACUGCUAUUACUACCCAAACCUCCUUUGAUGGGUCCAGUCCUUAUGCUGCAGGGUUUAGCUCCUAAAUGUCCCCCUGAAGCUGACUGUGACCAGACCACCUGAAACCUGAGGGCGGGAUGUAUUGAGAGCCUCAGAAAUGGCAAAUGGAAAUGAUGUUGCUGGUUGUCGUGGUAGGAGAGUCAGGGCAUGAGCAGGAGUUGGCUUCCUGAUAUAACAUUUCAGAGGCAGCCCCCCCCCCAAUCAAAAAUACCUGCUGUGAAUAAAGGUGCCUGAAAUCCUGCUACUGAA